CUGCCAGACUGCUGCAGAAAAUAAGCCCCGGGGCGGCGAGCAGGGGCGAGGCUGAGCCGGGGCGGGCGGCUGAGCGGGGCCGGGCGCAGGUGGCCAGGAGCCUGCGGCAGCUCUGGGGACCGGAGCAGCGCCGCACGUUCGGCUGACAGCGGGGCUCGGCGCCGUGCCGGGCUGGAGCGGCGGCGCUGGCGGCGCGGAUUUCCGUCUUUUAUUCCAAGCUCUAUCAACUUGAACACAAAGCUACGUAAUCUUACUGGGACAUCAGAAGGGGAUACAGAGAAGGAACAUACAGAGAGAGACCUGUCUUUUUUGGUGACCACAGUCAACCCAUGAAGAGUGAGUGCACUCAGCCACCUACAAAAUACCGUUGAAAAAAUGUAUGCUAGUCGAGAGGAUAUUGGAUAUGAUUUUGGAGAUGACUCGAAAGUUGGAAGUAAGCCAGUUAAACCUAAUCCAAACAUUGAUGGAGGAUGGGCUUGGAUGAUUGUACUUUCGUCUUUCCUUGUGCACAUACUUAUCAUGGGGUCCCAAAUGGCCCUUGGAAUCCUCAACAUGGAAUGGCUUGAAGAGUUUAAUCAAAGUCGUGGCUUAACAGCGUGGGUUAGCUCCCUCAGCAUGGGCAUUACACUCAUUGUAGGUCCUUUCAUUGGUUUAUUCAUCAGCAUGUGUGGGUGCCGCAAGACAGCUAUAAUUGGAGGUGUAUUGAAUGCCCUGGGUUGGAUACUGAGUGCGUAUGCCUCAAAUGUGCACUACCUCUUCCUUACGUUUGGAGUGAUGGCUGGUGUUGGAAGUGGCAUGGUUUAUCUGCCUGCGGUGGUCAUGGUGGGGCAGUAUUUUCAGAAGAGAAGAGCGCUUGCACAAGGACUCAGCACCACGGGAACGGGGUUUGGAGCUUUCCUAAUGACUGCCUUGCUGAAGUACCUCUGCACCGAAUAUGGGUGGAGGAGUGCCAUGUUCCUCCAGGGCGCCAUCUCCCUCAACCUUUGUGUCUGCGGGGCGCUUAUGAGACCACUCUCUCCCAAAGAUGUUAGUGAAAAAUAUGUUGUGAGAAGUAAUAGUGAAGAUAAUAAGGCAAAAGCUCUGUCCCAUUCUGCAGAGACUAUAAAAUCUAAUGGACCCCUCAGUGAUGAACCAGAAAAAAAAGAAGAGGCAACAAAUGAAGAAGUGCUUGACAGUGUUCAGCACACAGACAUUGGAGAUAAAUCUAGAGGUGGAAGGAAUAUGUACGGACUGCGCAUUCUUAAGAGGGUGAGCCAGCUGACAGUCACGGUCAGGAAGGGCUUUGCAAUAUGGUACUCCAGCUACUUUGGAGCUGCAUCACUGUUUACCAAUAGAGUAUUUGUGGCCUUUAUAAUUUGGGCUUUAUUUGCCUAUAGCAGCUUUGUCAUUCCCUUUAUUCAUCUUCCAGAAAUAGUCAAGCAGUACAACUUAUCUAUUCAGAACAAUAUAUUUCCUUUGACAUCCAUUAUAGCCAUUGUUCAUAUUUUUGGUAAAGUGAUCCUUGGAAUCGUCUCUGAUCUCCCAUGCAUCAGCACGUGGAAUGUCUUCCUCAUAGCUAACUUUACCCUGGUCACCUGCAUUCUUACUUUGCCACUAAUGCACACAUACAUUAGCCUGGCUGUGGUUUGUGCUCUAAUAGGAUUUUCUAGUGGGUAUUUUUCUCUAAUGCCUGUUGUGACUGAAGAUUUAGUUGGAACUAAACACCUCGCAAAUGCCUAUGGCAUCAUCAUUUGUGCCAACGGAAUAUCUGCAUUGCUUGGGCCACCCUUUGCAGGUUGGAUCUAUGACAUCACACAUAAAUACGACUUUUCUUUUUACAUAUCUGGCUCGCUAUACAUGGUGGGAAUAAUAUUUUUGUUUAUACAACCUUGUAUUCAAAAGAAACAACCAAAAGAAAAAUCUACAGAGGAGGCACAAGUAUAGAACAAAUUCCAGAAGUUUUUUUACAGAAUUGUUUGUUUUCAUGUUUCUGUUGUAUGACAGUAUGAAGAGGUUUUUCUUACGGAACCAACCACAUGGAGCUGUACUUAAGUGAAAAGAAAAUAUGCACCAAAAUGGUAAUAAAUUAUGAGAAAUAUGCUUUUAAAAUGAGUUAAGAUCUUUUACUUUAGAACUAACAAAUAUAGAGAUUAAAAGGACUUUGCCAGUCUUCAAAAUUGGAACAAUGCUAGGAGCCUUUUCCUCUUGCUUCUUUUUUAACUUUUCACCACUAACCAUUGGUGAAAGUCCAUUGACUGCAGUGCAGUUACUCCUGGUUUACACGAGUCCUACAAGAGAAUUUAAUCAUGAUAUGAACAAUUUAUGAAAGUCCUUCCUACUAUAUAUUCUGUCUGAUGAAAGAUUAGUUACUGAGUAUGAGAAAAUGUUUGUAUUUCUUACAUGGCUAGUCAAGUAUGGUUGAAAUGUGAGUACAAUAAUUCAAUUAAUUCAGUGUAUUAAAAUUACUGUUUCUGUGAUGCAAAACUGAAGAAAAGUUGUUCUAUUUUUCUGAAAUGACUCUAUACUUCAAGGAUUUUUUAUUUUAGUUUUUUUUUUUUAAGUAUCAACUGCAUAAUAAAGUAGGAAUUCUCAAUACACAGGCUGCAUUAUAAAUGCUGUGACACUUAAUGCACCUGAGAUAAAACAAACAUAAAAGCAGAAACAGGCAACAUAUUGAAAAUAUUAUUGUUAUUCACAGAGUGGAAAAUGUUUCCAGAAAGAGUUUGAAGUUUCUGGUUGCUUUACCAAAUCAGAGGUAUUGCAGAACUUGGUAACAUUGCCAUUGACUCCUUCCAUGGGACUUGUUUGUCAAGUAAACAGUACUAAAGACUUGGGCAAAAUUGGCAAAAUAUAGUUUUAGAAAAAAACUGGAUGACAGCAUUAUAAAUUUUGUUACAAUUAAUUUAAUAACAAAACCUUGUUACAUUAUGAGCAGUUGUGUUGCUGCUUAUCAUGUACACCAUGAAGUAAGACUGGUCACAUUUGAGAUGUUUAUUCACUAGAAAAUCAGAAAUGCAGAGUAUCCAAGAGCUAAAGACUGUGUAAAAUAUUCAAAUAAGAUCUCAUAAACAGUGUUAAAUGCAUGGUAACCAAUGCAGAAUGUUUAGUAUGGUGGCGCAAGACAAACUUUUCUCAGCUUUGGCAUGCGAGUCUGAUGUUAAUUUUCCUAUCAAAUAAUAGUAACUGUAUAUUUUUUUCAUGCUAGUUCUAUGAAAGUCUUUCCAUGACAAAUCAGGUUCUUAGUUUAAUACUGACACAUGCUGCUGGGACACUUUAAAAGCAAUUGAUACUAUUCCAUUUUAUUGGACAAAUAUUCAGUAUGCAACAAUGUCAUUAUACAGAUCUUUUUAUAGCUGCAAGGUUGGUUAAAAAAGAGCUGUGAACCACAAAUCGCAUUGCUCUAUAUUGCAAUUCACCGGCUUCUUAGUUUUGCACUUCUACAACUGUGGGCAGGGACAUACUUUAAAAUAGAUCACUGAAAUGAGCCAAGUUAAAAAAGAACACCUUAAGAAAACUCCAUACUACUUUAAGAUUUAGAUCAGUUCAUUCAUAUAGGAUAGUUACGUAUGGCCUUUAUAAGUGAUAUUAAACAACUGAGGUGGCAGUGAACUGCAACGCGCGGUAUCAACACACAGUCGGUAUUAAUAGUUCCUUAAAAUCAGCUUUUUAUCAUAAGUGAAAAACACAUGAUGUCUCCAAUAUACCUUUCUACAGAAGUCCUUACUGGGCCAUAUAACAGGAACAAACUACAUUACCCAAAUUUCACUUUCUCUUCAUUUACUAAUUAAGUUCAUUUUUUAAGCUUAAAAAUGAAGAUUAUCCUGCAAAAUGAUUGUUCUUGUUUCUUGUGACGGAUGGGACAGGUACAUGGUUGAUCAAGGAGAAGGGAAGGUGGGCUGACAAAAUUGAGUCAAAUUAAGAUUUUAAAUUAAUAUUUGCUCAGUCCAUAUGGGCUGGCCUAACUUCUGGUUUCCAAACUUGAAACUGCCUAAAUCUGUUAUGAGAGCACCAGCUAAGAAAAAAAGAGGGUCUGUUGUUUAGUAGCUCUGCUCACAUACUGUAGUUCUUAAAGUCAUCUCUCUAAAGCAAAAUUACAUUUUAUAGUUUUUUUAUUACACAGAACAGAGAUUCUAUGAAUAUAGUAUUUUAUGCACGUAAUUUGUAUUUGUCAUUGUUCUAAAAGGAAAUAGUCACAAAGAGAAAAGAACAUACUUAAGUUUUUUUUUUUCUGGGUAUCUACAAUCACCACAUGCUUCAAGAACAUUAGUAUAUAGUUGUAGAACAAAAUAUUAUUGAUCUAAAUUAGCAAAUUUUAUGAAUUAAAAUACUGCUUUAUAACGAAACAGAAUAAGAACCCUGUAUGCAUAGUUUUAAUCAACUUAUAAAAUUCAAGUUUAACACUUAACACGUUAAAAAAUUGUAAACCUAAUACACUCUACAAAUAUUACACUAUUAUAUAAAAAUACUGCAAUCACUGUUUUUAAUACUCAAGCCUCACAUUGGGUGAAUGGCAAAUGAUAUAUUAAUUAACUGGAACUUUCAGAGUAAUAAUAUUUGGCCUCUGAAUUACUGAAGAUGAUUGUUGGAGCAAGUCAGUCAUGUAAGAACAGCCUUAGUCUUAACACUCUUAAGUAAUAUAACAAAUGUCUCCUAUCAAAUAUGCAACUCAAAAAAUGGAAGUCAAUUAGUUUCAAAUGUUCCUGCAUCAGCAACAUCAAGGAAAAAUGCUGCCUGUAUACCAUUCUGCUGGAGUGUCUCAAGUAUGAUUCCGAUGGAUUGUCCAAGAUGAGGACAAUAAUUUGAUCCAAAAUCGCAGUCACCAAAGAAGUUUCUUCUUGGUGACAAAAUUAUUAUUUGCAUGAAGUUUAAAUAAUUAAUUUAAAAAUAUUUAAACACACAUCAAACUCUGGAACUAGCUACGUGUGACUUGCCUAUAAACACUGCAAAUUCACCAUGGUGGAUAGUAAAAACAGUCAUUAGCAAUUUUUGUAGUAAGAAAUGAUAAUACAGUUUCCUGUACUGAUGACAAUGUCAUAGCAUCUGAUGGAAGACAUGGGGCACACAUAGCGUAUAUAAAAGAUACAGAAGUCAGAAUGAAGAAGUACAAAGAAGGUACAACCUCUUCGAUUGCUAGUAACUGUCACAAUACUGACCACAAUACAAUUUCAGGCUGCCCAACAUAUUAAACAUUCUAUUAGUUACAUGUUGCUCAGAGUAAGACAAGUUUUGUUUUUGCUCUUUCAAUCCUUAGAAUAAUCUGCUUUCCCUAGUAAAGCAGAAAAGUCAGUAUGUCUGACCUGAUAUACAGCAAAUCCACACCUUAUAACAAUUGUUUCAAUAAAAAAUGCAUCUUUAUUCAGUUAGGUUUUUGUUCUGGGCGUCUUGUUUUUGCCUCCUCCUUCGGAGCUGCACCUGUAGCUGAAGCUUGUUUGUGAAGAAGAAUUGUUUCCAGCCUAUUUCCUGCGCAAGUUCUUUCAUUUCUGGUGUAAUUGUGUCACACAAGUUCUUCACAAUAUUUUCCCAUAGUGCAUUACUGUUACAUACCUAGUUGUAAAAGAAAGUAGAGGCAUAAAAACAUAAUUUGUCUUAUUAAUUGCUGAUUAUUUUACUACACAAAAUGUGUUUGGAUAACAGACACCUUGUACGAAGGUCACCUGCAGCACAAGCUGCCCACCUAUCUUGAAAGGCACAGUAUUAGUUAAAACUCACAAUGACACCGGGGGAGUUUUUCCCAGUGUUGCCAAUGCAAGAUACUGCAUGUUCUUCUGUGAAAAAUCUGAGAAGUUUCUUCUGGUAUAUCAAAGGCCUUUCUGCUACACUAAAAGGAGCUGUAAUGCCACAUACUUUCCUGGUAUGUACUUCAUUGUCCUGGAUUCAGCUGGGAGAGUUAAUUUCUUCCUAGUAGCUGCUACUGUGCUGUAUUUUGUAUUUAGUAAGAGAAGAAUUUAGGUAAGGCAGGGAUGUUUUUGUUAUUGCUGAGCAGUGCUUACACAGAGUCAAGGCCUUUUCUGCUUCUCACACCACUCCACCGAGUGGGCUGGGGAGGGGACAUGGUGGGGACACUGACCCAAGGGAUAUUCCAUACCUUACGACAUCAUGCUCAGUAUAUAAGCUGGGGGAAAGUUGGCCGGGGGCUGCUGCGCGGAGUGGGUGGUAGGCAAUUGCAUGACUUGUUUUGUGUAUUCAUUUCUGUCUUAUUAAACUGUCUUUAUCUCAAAA